UCGGAAUAAUUCAAGGCCGAGUGAUUUGUGUGUGCACUGCUCUCGCUCCUAACUUCCACUUCCAGUUAUCGAUCGUAAAAUACUCCGAAAGACACCGUGAAACAAGUCUUCUGAGGACCAAAAAGGUUUUAUUGUAAUAUUGCCUUUCCAGAGUACCAGUGUGGAGAAGAAAUGGCUAGCAUGCGGGCGAUUCGUAUCCAGGGCUUUGGCGGGCCAGAAGUGCUGAAAGUGUCCAGUGUGGAGCGACCCACACCCAAACCCGGACAGGUGUUGGUGCAAAUCAAAUCAGCUGGCGUCAAUCCGGUAGAUACGUACAUUCGAGCCGGAACUUUUGGCCCUCGACCCUUUCCGCUAGGACUGGGCGGCGAUGCGGCUGGAAUUGUGGCGGCUGUGGCGGAUGGAGAAAAGAACAUCAAGGUUGGUGAUCGUGUGUUCACCUGUGAAGGCCCCGGUCCGUUAACGGGAACUUACGCCGAAUACGCUUUGGUCCCGACACGUGCCGUAUUUCCAUUACCGGAUUCGCUGACCUUCAGCCAAGGAGCAGCACUGGGAAUACCUUAUCUGACUGCCCUUCGUUCACUGAUCAUCAAGGCGAAAUCAAAGCCACACGAGACACUUCUGGUUCAUGGUGCAAGCGGCGCUGUGGGAUUAGCCGCCUGCCAGGUGGCCUCCUCGUGGGGGAUGAAAGUGUUCGGUACGGCCGGCACGGAUGACGGUCUGCAGCUGAUCAAAGCCAAUGGCGCCGGUGCGGUCUUCAACCAUCGCGACAAAAACUACGUCCAGAAGCUGCGGGAAGCCGUCGGUGAGCACGGCUUCGAUGUCAUCCUGGAGAUGGUGGCCAAUCACAAUCUGGGAGUGGAUGUGGAGUUGGCCGCGGUGGACGGACGGAUCGUGGUGAUCGGCAGUCACGGGGAGGCCAAAUUCGAGCCCUUCCACAUGAUGGGCAAAGAGGUGACGGUGGCCGGGGUCAUGCUGCCGCAUUCGACGGAUGAGGAGUGGCGGAUCAUUGGGGCGGAGCUGGUUAAGGGCAUCAACAGCGGGCAUGUCCGACCGGUGAUCGACCAGGAGUUUCCCCUGGAGAAAGCGCCGGAAGCACAUGAAGCCGUGAUUCAGCACACCGGUGGAUCCAAAGGAAAAAUCGUUUUGACCUUAUAAAGAAAACCAAACGGAUGCAGACGCUCACCGACAGCACUCCAAAAGCAAAAAAAUUGGUCGAUCAAAAUUUGCAUUUACAAAAUAUAACAGCAUAAAGUUUGCGCAUUCGUUUUACAUGUUCUGUUCUGUGUUUCGUUUCUUAAUUGCACAAUGUUCUCAACUCUUAAAACUAAUGCAUCGAGACUGCAGUGCGGAAAAUAAAUGCUAAGUUUCA